AUGGCCGCAAAUAGAACAAAAGAUUUAUUUCCAGGAUUUAAGACUGCUGGUGCUAGCACUAAAUUACCUGAUGAAUCUGCAAUGAAUUGCAUUAAACCUAAAGAGAAUUUAAAUCCUGGUACUCCGGAACAUAUUAAAAAGUACAGAAAAUCUUACAAAAACCAACCUGGAUCAACAAUAUUGCAUUAUGGCAUUUACGAUGAUUAAAAACCACCAGAGACAUUUGUUUAUGGAAAAAAAAUAGAAGGAUCAGACCAUGUUUAAUAAGUCAUGGAUAGUGGUAAGACAGAUGGUAUUAAGCAAAUGAUAAACGAAAUCAAAGAAGCAAAAUAUCAUUCAAGAUAAGUAGAACCUUUAGGCAAAAGGAUGGAAAGAAACUAUGAAUUCCCAUAGGAAGUUCAUUAAGAUAAUUUUAAAUUUGGUGUAGCUACUAUAAAUAGCGAGAAUACUGCAAAAGAAGUUAUGUUCCCUUAAAAGCCUGCAGUUAAUGAUUAGGCUGCUCAUGAUUAAUAUGUACGUUCACAUGGUAAUUAUGAGGCAGGAGAGCAAAAAAAUAGAAAUUAUAAUUGGAAAGUUGAUCCUUAAUAGCAUCGUUUUGGUAAGACUGAUAAGAUAGCUUCAAAUGAAGUUGUCUAUUGUCUUAACUAAGAAGCUUUAUAAGAUUAAUUCCCUAAAACUACUAUUGUCUAAAAGAAAUAAGAAGACUUUAGAAACUUUAAGGAGGAUCAUUUAGGUUUACCUAAGAACUUAGGUUAAACUAAUGCCAAAAACAAUCCAGACAUGGUUUUUGGUGCUCGUUUAGGAGGUCCAGAUGAGUGGAAUGCAGGUAAGUGCAUUUCUGGUGAAGCAACUUUGAAAGAAGUUUAAACAGAUAAAGAUUUAGGUAAAACCAAUAGAUUUGGAUUUAGAAAUAUUACUAAAGAUGGAGAUGAAAAUAGAGUGUUUGGUGUACCUACAAUCAGAAACGAUAUUUAAAAGCCAUUAAUGAAAUCAAUAGCUGAUCCUAAUAAUUAUGGUGAUGAAAAGCCUGCUGUAAAUCUUUUAUUCCCUAAAAAGUACGAUUACAUGGGUGUUGAAUAAGAUGAUUUUAAAAUAAAAAGACAUAAAUAUGAAAUUAAAGAUAUUUUUGAAAAAAUUGGUUACAAAUAUAAAAUUGGUAAGUUUGAAGGUAUCUUUAAACGUGCUCAAGAAAUAGAAAAUAGUACAGAUAAUAAAGUAUCAUGCAGUUCAUUCCUUUAGGCUAUAUAAGAAAUGGAUCACAUAGAGUGA